UCGAACACGAAUAAUAUGGAUCGGUGGUUGGCGCCGUGUGGCAAUCCGGUGGCGAUGCAGUUCAAGAAGAUGCCCCAGCGACACAGCGUGCACAAGACGCUGAAGAGGGUGCGAACGCAGCUCAGAGUCGCUCAGAAUCACUUCAGGUUGCAUCUCAAUGAUGUGCACGAGAUAUAUUCGAAGGUGUACAAAGUGCUGAAGGGGCAGUACAGAAUGCCCUGGCUCCCGGAGAAGGAAUUCGACUGGUAUUUCAGGGAGGUUUGGUGUCUCGAAAAGGGGAAGAAAGCUGAUCGUGCGCUUCCACAUCUUCACGAUUCGCUUCAAAGGUUUGCCAUCACGUUCCACCAUCUCAGAGCUUUCCGUCUCAAGUCCAACAUCAACGUCGAUCUCACGAUGGGCAGGAGAAACGAGAUCAUCAAGCAAAUGCACAAUGAGAUCCUCAGGGUGUUGUGCGAAGUGGAGACUGCUAUCUUAAUCUUAGGUCUGCAAAUACCAACGGCGCAUACCGCCAAAAUUGUCACGGAGAGUUCGAACUGGGCAAAGGAGGGCGACCUGACGCUGAUGUUGAUUCAGGAUUGGGGGGUAAUCAGAUUGUAUCAAACGUUUCUAAACGCCUGGACCAAAGCGUUUCGUAACGCGACUACGCCAGGACCAGGAACCUGCGACUCCGACAGACAGAAUCCGGGAACAAAGAUUAUUAACAAAGGAUCCGGGCCAAAGGGUAAAAGGAUAUCAAAGAGUAAGAAGCAAACCAGGCCAGUUCGGAAGCAUCCCUUGGGUGCUGGUCAGAAUAGUUCCUUGCCUCAGGGGCCGAAAAAGGGUCCUCCGAGAAACAGACUGUUUAGAAAGAAACAAAAGAAGCUCGCGGAAGUGUGAUGAGAUUAAUCUCGCCGAGGGUUUCCCUCGACUUUUACGCAAUCUCUCGAUUAUCUGAAGAAAAAGAGGCUUAACAGGCAGCCUUAACGUUAUUUUAAAGAAUCAGCUUUAUUUCUUCGUGGACCUGAACUCUCUGUUGUUGUGAUUAGAGCAUUAUUUUCAAGCGUUAA